UUUGACAAGUCGCAUCAUAAAAGAAAUUUAAAAAAAUUUUUCAUCAUAUAAAUAAAUAUAAAUAUCGUGAAGUUAUUAGUUUUUUUAUUAUACAAAAAACACCAUAUCAGAUAAAUCGAUGGAUUCAAGUGGCGAAGUUAUUAACAAAACACCUUUUGGAUUUUUAUGUAACAAUGAAAAAUUUGCUGAUAUUCAUUUUAUAGUUGGAGCGAAAAAUCUACAACAACGUUUUCCGGCACACAAAGCUUUUUUAUCUGCUAGAAGUCCUGUCUUUGAAACGAUGCUUUUUGGAUCUUUAGCUGAAUCUAAGGAGGUUAAAGUACCUGACGUUGAACCGUCAUCAUUUUUAACGGUGCUAAAAUUUAUUUACUCCAACGAAGCACAAAUUGAUUCAGAAACAGUAAUAAAUACUUUGUAUGCAGCAAACAAAUACCAUUUAUCAGUUUUAGAAGACCAUUGUAUAGAUUUUUUAAAAAGUGUCCUAAGUGGUAAAAAUGCCUUUUUAUUGUUAAGGCAAGCUCAACUAUUCGACAAACCAGAACUGGAAAAAUUAUGUUUAGAUAUGAUUGAUAAACACGCAACAGAUGCUUUUACUUCUGAUUAUUUUCUUGAGAUCGAUUUAAAUACUUUGAUCAGUGUGCUAGAACGUGAUACGUUAGAAAUUUUCGAAUCAAAAAUAUUCGAAGGAAUUUUGUCGUGGUCAAAAACGGAGUGUGUAAGACAAGAGUUGUCUGUAACGCCAGAAAAUCAACAGUUCGUUUUAGGGAGCGCUCUCAAAUUAAUACGCUUUUCAAUGAUGACAUUAAAAGAAUUUAUAAAUGGGCCAUUUCAAAGUAAGUUAUUGGCUGAAGAUGAAGUUGAUAAACUUUGUAAAGAGUUAGCAUUAAAAACAAAUAUUUGUGAGAAACCUAGAUGUUGUGAUUCAUUUCAUGAUGAGGUUCGAUUGUUUAUUUCAAGAAGUUUUAGUGUUAAACGUACAUAUUUUUUUAUUGGAUUUCUACUUCAUCAGAUAGGAAAUGAUGGUUAUGAUUCGAAAUAUAAUACAAAAGACAAAAUAGUGAUAACAUUGAUCGAUGAAGAAAACAAUAUAGAAUACCUUUUAAGUCAGCUCAUCAAUUCUGAUAAUUUCAUUAAGUAUGACAGACCAAUUAUGUUAACUCCUGACAAAAAUUACAAGAUUAAAGUGCAGAUAGCAGAAAAUGUCUUGCCAGAUGAAGAUUAUUUUUUUAUUAUCUCAGAAGGAAUUUUUUACCGUAAAUGAAAAAAUAUAUGUAAGAAGUGAGUGUUACGUGCAAAGUAUGUUGAAUUCUGAUCUAUAACACUCUGAUU